CAAAACAGAGACAAAAAUACUGAUGAGAAAAUUUUAGAUAGAUAAUAAGAACCAUUGAGGUCAUAAUAUUGGUGCAGGAAAUUCAUCAUUGGAAUGGAGAAGAAAAUGAAAAGACGGCGGCUGCUGGUGCUUCUGAUCAUUGGCCUAUGUUGCGCAUCAGUACGGUCAGAAGAUGAAGAGUGUGCGUCCGACUCUCUGAGAUGUGAAGUCGAUGGCGAAUCCCAGUGUAUUGAUCCUGCUUGGAUCUGCGAUGACUACCCUGACUGUGAUAACGAAGAAGAUGAACAACCACAAAGAUGCAAGGCGCCGGCAGAGACACUUCCUGCGACGGCAGCGGCGCCUGCCCACGGCGGCGACUCUGAGGAAGAGAAGGAGGAACCGCAUGUCCCUGUGACUACACCAGCUCCUGAGAUCCCCGAAAAUUGUGCAUUGAAGACGUGCAAUCCCGGCCCACAGUUCUCGUACCUGAGCGCGCGAGUGUACCGCUACAGCUACCGCGUGGUCGCCUCCACCCAGGUACUCCACACCUCGCCCCGCGCGUCCAACUUCGUCGUGAACGUCGACGUCGCUCUCAGCGUCCUCACCGCCUGCGAACUCUCACUCAAGAUCGAGGACGCGUGGAUGACAGCGAGCUCCUCGGACGGCGAAGACGUGACAAUCAGGGACAACCAAUUCCUGACAAGCCUCAAGGCGAACGAGAUGCGGUUUACACUGGACGGGGGACUAGUGGACAUAGUUUGUCCCCGCAAGGACGAGACUCUUGAAAGUCUAAACUUCAAGCGAGGCUUGCUCAGCCUCAUGCAGAACUCUAUGCCGCGCUUCGACCUGCGACAUUCGUCUCGUGAGAUGGAUGUGCUUGGAACGUGUGAUUUCACUUACGACUUUGCGGGUACCAACGACACGGCAUUCGUCGUUGAAAAGAAGAAAGAUUUGGAUUCUUGUUCGAGUAAAUUCGACGUUUCUUCUUCAGUGAAGGGAACUCCUUACGCAUUCAUCGGGGGCUACCAGAGCACCCCCGUAUUUUCGACGACUUCUUCUUGCCGUCAAAACAUCGCAGAAAAAAGAAUUUACUCCGUGGAAUGUUCUGAAGAAAGGAAGUUAACUCCCUUCAGCGGCGACCAGGGAGGAGUGAUGGUGGUUGUGAGGCAGACCUUACAGUACAAACAGUCUUCUUUCACAAGUUCGCGCCGAGGUGCUAUUCACCGACGUACUAAUUUGGAAUACGAAUUUCUCCCAAAUUAUGAUGAAUUUCCGAGCGGCAACGAAGAAAACGGUCAGGCAGACGCUGACGCCGCAGCGUUGCAGCGGACGCAUGCCAUCCUGGACAGCAUCGACCAGCACCUCAGGAAUAAUCGCUUCUCUUCGGUGGCUAAACCAAGCGACUUCAACGACUUUGUCAGCGCCUUGAGGGCCUUAAAUAAACAUCAGCUCAUCGAAUUGGCUGACAAAACGGACUGGGGGAAGAAGAGGCUGGUGUUUCAGGACGCAGUUCCUGCUGUGGGAACCCCGGCAAGCGUGGCUCUCAUGAAGCAUGUUUUGAUAACCAGGAACAAUUUUGAGCGAGCCGAAGAAUGGCUUAGAUCUUUGGCAUUCAUUUCAAGACCAACUAAAGCGACUUUGGAGGAGGCAGCUGGUCUUCUAUCUCUUCCAUCAGUACAAACGGAAGCCUUUAUUGGAGUUGGUGCGUUAGUGAACGCUUACUGCCUGCACAACCGCGGCUGUCAGUCCCAUGUGGAGGUCAAACAAAUUAUGGAUUCUCUGCAUGGCUUCCUAAAGGACUCUUGCAUCAGCACCACCCCCGAAGAAAAGAUCAGGGCGUUACUGGCCAUAAAAGGCGUUGGCAACGCCGGUUUGGCUGCCACGUCACAGACGGUCGACUUGCUGCGAGCUUGUAUAACCGCCACCGAGCCCAGCAAUGAAGACGAGAUUCGAGUGGCCGCCGUCAACUCCUUCAGGCGCUUCCACUGCAAUCUGACGCAUCCUCUGAUGGAGUUUUUCAAAGACAUGCGAGAAGACUCGGAAGUUCGUAUCUGGUCGUACCUCGGAAUGAUGCGUUGUGCUGACUACGAUGUUCUAGCGACGGUCAUGUCUGUGCUGCAUGAUGAAGAAGUCAACCAAGUGGGAUCGUUCGUGUGGACUCACCUGACCAAUAUACAAGAAGGCUCACUCCCGUCUCGUAAUGCCGUGCAAGCUUUGCUUUCUAAUCAAAUCCUGCAGGAGAAGUUCAGGACCGACCUCCGCAAGUUCUCUCGCAAUUACGAGUGGUCGCUGUUCUACGACCCUCUCAAUAUCGGUGGAAGUGUGGAAGGCAACGUCGUGUUCUCUCAGAAGUCCUACAUUCCUCGGUCAGCCUCACUAAACUUCACCACGGAUCUCUUCGGGCAGUCCGUCAACUGGCUAGAAUUUGAAACUCGCCUAGAAGGUUUUGAGAGGCCCCUAGAGAACAUGUUCAUGGGUAGCAUGCCCAUGCCCACCUCUGACGACAUCAAAGACAGCGCCGUGAGAGCUCUCAUUGAGCGCACCGGGGCCGCGGAGGCGUACCGCAGCAAGCAGCCAGAGCUUUCGAUGGCACUUCGCAUGUUUGGGAACGACGUCUUCUUCCAACACCUCCACGGAGGGACAACAAUCAGGGAGGCUUUCGCUAAAUUGGACCCCACGAGACUCAUCGAGCGACUCAAUAACGGAGAGACACUAUCGCUGCAAAAAAGCAUUCGUCCGAUUGAGUCGUUCGGUCGUGUGGCGACGUCCGCUGGGUUGCCCGUCUCCCUGGAGUUGACGGGCACGCUGUCCCUGGACGUCCUAGCCACGGCCACCGUGCGCUUCGGGACGCUCUACCCUGACUUCAACCCCAGCGUCGACAUCCACGGCACACUCAGUCCAAGCGUUGCUAGCGACAUAAGAGCGACGUUGAAGAUCGACGGCAUGGCAGCGGUGGCUGGCGUGGAGGUGGCGGCGUCACUGAGCUCCAGGAGCGCUCUGUCAGGCCGCAUCAACGCUAAUGGCAUGAGCUCGCUUAACCUCGACCUCAACAUGCCUAAUGAGAAGGUCGAGUUCAUCAACGUCACGUCAAAUCUGUUCCUGCUUCAUGGCUCAGCAUCUGCGAGUGGUGAAACGCUACGAGUUGACCCUGAAAUUAUAGUUGCUGAUAAGAAAGUAGAAACACACGACUGCACUCCGUACGCCGACGAGAUAGGAGCGACGGCUUGCUGGUCUGUUCUGUUCCCUAACACCUCUGAGGUGGAGGGAGCUCCUAGCUUCCCACUAACUGGGUCUGCACACCUCAAUGUCGUGGCCAUCAAAAGCGAUCCCAGUUUGGGGACAUAUCAAGUCCGGUACAGCUUCAACAAUAAUGAGAACGAGCGUCGCUUGAUACUAUCAGGCAACACUCCAGGCACGGCUGUCUCCAGGGAGCACAGCCUCGUGGCGGCUCUUAACGCUCUGCAGCGCACUGCUGACCUCAAGAUCAGUACGCCCAAGUGGAAUUUUGACGCCAAAGGUCGCUUUGUGUGGGAUAGAUCGGUCAAGAAACUUGAUUUGGUCUGCCAAAUUGAUGGGCAGCUGGUGGCCGAGGUGGAACUGAACAUGGCACGACACGAGAAAGAUGGUCGGAAAAACCUGAUACCGACAGCGAAAAUUAAAUGGAGGGGAAGAGAUCUUUUCAAUCUCGGAGGAGAAAUAGAGGCCCUGGAGAAGCAAGGGUCUGUGGUGUACAGCCUCGGGCUGCAGUUCUCGGCCAGCGGGCUGGAGGCGACGACUCAAGAAGCGCUCAUCAGGGGCGAGCUGCACGGCGAGGUCAAGGAGGGGGCCAAUGAGAAGAGUAUUAAUCUUAACAUCGAUUAUAAUAUUGCGGGUGAACAGCACAGAACGACCGUGGAUUACACUCUACUGCACACGUCUGACACCGAAUAUAAGUUCGUGAGUGACAGCGAGGUCGUCUUCACUCAGUUUCCCACGCUCAAUCUCGUCUGGAAGAACUCGUAUCGGUUGAAGCGUGGGUCUGUCGAGAUGAACAUUAUGCUAAACUUCGGAGAACAUUUCCACAACGACGAUCACGCCGUUAAUUUCCAUCGAAGUCUCACUUUCCUGCACUCAGAGGAGCAAACGUUGAUCAGCAGCAAGCUCGCUCUCGGGCACAAAAUGAGCAACAUAGACGUGAUGCUGGCGGCAGACUUUCUCUCUGACUGGACCGAUGUCGUCUCCACCGGCUUCGUCUUCCAACUCGUCUCAGGACGCGACGUCUCGUCACGCCUGCACCUACAGAAGGUCCCAGGUCCCCGGUUGGACGGCUCAGGAAGUUUCGCCUUGAAUGUUCCGUCGCUAUCAGAAGUUCUAAUCAACGUAACCAUCAACGAGACUUCGAAGAGCUUGUAUAACAUUGGUGCUACAGGCUCAAUAGGAGCAGGUAACGAAAUGAGCCUGAUAGGCACGUAUGAAACGAACCCGCCGCUGUCACACCACCAACUCCUGCUCACUGCACGGCUGCCGGACCAGACCUCGGCUAACGUUAACGUCACUGCGCUCUUCACUUGGGAGAAAGCUUUCGUUACCAUAGAAGUGCAACCCCAAGGAGGCGGCGCCUACAGGAGCACCGCUUGCUACACGCACGUUAUCGACCAGCUCGCCGUCAGCACCAAAUCUUUGGAACUGGAAAUUUCCUUUCCCAAAUUAACUGUUAAAAUAUCAACGGACCUUUCAAUUGGUCAGGUUGUUACCGUCACAAACCGUCUACAGUCCGACAGGACGCAAGACGUCAUCACUCGUCUCGUCCUGGACAUCCUCAAGCCGAAGAAGAAGGGAGCGCGGAUGACCCUGCAGUGGGACCCCAACAGGGACCCGUUGAAGAAGCUAGAGUUGUCCCUGCAGCGGGACUGGUCUGACCCAACCUUCAGCUCCAUCAACGCCACGGCGUUCCUGGGGCUCCUGGACAACACUUAUCAAAUGGCAUUGACUUCUACGGCGCUCAAAAUGUACAGAGGAGCAGCGUUUCUAUGGGAACAGCGGCACAGCGGUCGUCUGACGUGGCAGGAUUCCCUCACCAGGGAACGUCAAGAAGUUGUUGGUUCCGCACACGCGCGUCUCUCUCGCGCCCAAACUGCGGAAUUUGUCGCAAAUUUCGAUCUCGCGACUCCUUUUGAAGACUGGAACGACAACUACUUCAGAGUGCUGUAUUCCCGCGAUGCAGAUCGCAUAAACGGUGUGGUGAACAGUCGAUGGCAUGACGAUGAAUUCUUCGACGCACGAAUGGUCGCGGAGAAAAGCUACGAAAGCCUCAGUCUGUUCAGUGGCAACUCUUCGCUGGAUAUCAGCUCUUCUUUCCGAGGCAUGACCUCACUCAAGACUGGGGCUAAAGUUAACAGGAAACCUGGUCUUUUGGACUCAACAAUGUUCAUGCAGUGGGAGGAAGACCGCAUCGAGGUGCGGCUGGAGGGCCACGACCAGAGUUCGUCAGGGCAGCUUGACUAUUCAGUGUUCGGGCACGCCGUCACGUCCCUGGACGGCUAUCGCUCCCUCUCGUCGGAGCUCAACCUCGUCGCGUCGUCCAAUAACGUCAACGCCAAGGCAGCCGCGCGCUGGGAUGCUUUGAAAUACGAACUUAAGUGCCGAGGCAACCGUUAUUCUGGCGACGAUUACUUGAAUGGCGAAAUAUGGCUUUUAUUGCCUGGCUACGAAGAAGGUGAUUUUUUCGGCCAAAUGAAAAUCUUCAAAGAUCCCGUGGACCAGCGACAUCGGCUGAAGACCAUCGGCAAGUGGGGUGGGAAGACUCUGCAGGUGGAAGGCCACGUCACGUCCGAGCGCCACGACUUCCACGGCAGCCUCAGCAUCAACACUCCAUUCGAGGCGCUCUCGCACGCUCUCCUGGUACUCGGCAAAGGAUACGACGGUGUCAACCAUAAGUCGGAAGCCCGCAUUGCGUGGGGCACGAAAUUUUCUUAUGGGUUCGAGCUGCUCGGUCACGUGACGUCCAUCACCGACUUCCUCGUAAGCGCUUCAGUGCGCACGCCCAUAGAGCGCUUCAAGGAAGUGAAAGCAGAAAUUCGACACCUCUUUGACAUCAGCGACCAAGUCCGUUGUCACUCCAGGAUCUUUGGCCAAGUCGGUGACAAGAAAUACGGCUUAGGAGGCCGCUACGAGCAGGGAACCAAGCCUCGCAUUAGGGUCGCGUUCGAAGCGUAUACUCCGCUGCCGAUGCUAGAGUUGCUGUCGCUCGACUUGAGUGAUAACAGCGCCUACCACGACUCUGACUACCAGCUUCAAGUUCUCUAUGGCAGCAACAGUCCACUUCACCUCACUGUUGAAGUUGUCCGCGGACACGACGAGGAGGACUGGGCGGUGAAGGCCGAGCUGCCGUUGUCUAUCCUGGACGCUAACAUUCACGACCUCAGCCUCGACGUCGUCGCGGGUCUGAGCUGGGGCGACACGAGACGCCUCAGCUUCUCCCUUACUGCUGACUCCGACACGCGCAGGAAAGUGGUGCUGAUAACUCGCCUGCCACCGCACGGCGAGAACUCGCUCGAGGCGAGCCUAGGUGGGUUCAUCACGUAUCCAGGAUACGAGGACGUGAGCCUUGAUUGCCGCUUCUCGGUACCUUCGUACGACCGUCCCGGGGCGCUGGACGCGGCCUUCAGGACACACGGCGCCGGCACCACCGCUGUCAGGAUGAAGGGCGACUACAGAGCGCUGGAUGCUACGUUCACGUCUCCCUUCGAACCGUACAGAACUGGAGAAGUGAGCUGGCGCUCGGUGCCGCUGAGCGUCGUGCAAGAGAAGGUGAGCGGCCGCGUCAAGUGGGAGGCUGGCGAGGUGACGAUGGACGGCACGACGCACGUCAAGGGCGGCGCGCUGACCAAGCUUGAGGCUGAUGUCACAACUCCUUGGUCAAGUUACGAGCGUUGCCGCCUAACUUUAGACAACACGCCUACUAGCAACGGCGUCGCCAGCCACGUCACUCUCACCAGCUCCUCAGAAUCCUUCGUCGCUGAUAUUUCUUACGACAGAGACGCCAGUGAGAAGUGGACAUGGAGUGCCACGGUGAACCACGCAUUCGAUGAAACCAACAUGCUGUACACCUGCGAAGUUGAGUACCUCUUCGCCUCGGACGAACUUUACCUUUCAGUCGACACCAUGACUCCCUUGCAAGACUACAAGCUCCUAGCUGGCAAAAUCGAUAUCAAGUUCCCUGACUCAUCGUACUCAGGCCUGGUGCAGUGGGACUCACCAUUUGGGUCUGGCAAACUUGAGAUGGAGGCUGAGAGAAAUCACGAGACCCGCUCCAUCAUCUCCUCGAGCUCCUUGACACUCCAGCCUCCUCAGCAGGAACCCAGCACCUACGCGCUGAAAGUUGACCUGGAAAAUAGAUCCACGGACGAGAAAGUCGACCUCGACACCUCCAUAGAACUCAAAAGCAGUCAGCCUGACUUGGACGAGAUAAAAGUGAGCGGCACGGUACGCCAGGUCACCCACGACCCCGGCUUGGUUCGCUUGGCGCUGUCGUGGCCCAACUUGUCCCCUGUCGUGUUCACGGCCACGGCGAGCCACGAGAACGGCCUCACCGUCAUUAAGCCGUCCGUCUCCGUCCAGAUUGAGAAAACGAAAUAUGGCGUCGAUGUGGAAUGGGAGGCAAAAGAUGGCGGACAAGUCCGAGUUCUGAAGGUCAAAGGCGGAAUGUACGAGGAAGGCAAACCGCCCUUGGAGGUGGAAGUGGAUUCAACGUUCAACGUUUACCUGCACGUCGUGGACGGAUUUAUUAAUGUUAAUCUUCCGUUGCCAGCUCCGUGGACCUCAAACUCUGCUCGCAUAGAGUACAACAAUAACAACAACGAGCAUCAGUUUAACGUACGUAUCUCGGCCGGGGUGCACGUGAUAGACGUGGAGGGCAGCGUAGCCACGCAAGAAGGCGAGCAGGUUGAUGGUUUCAUUUCAGUGUCGUCGAACCUGCAUUGGAACAAACAUCCCCUCAAAGUCUCAUUCAAGCAGGGCCUGACCCCCGAAGGGUACACGGGCAACUACACGGUGGAGUUCCCCCGCCACAACCCCGUGACGGACACGUGGACGCGGGAGACUGUCCAGGCGUCGCUGGUGCACUCGUUCCUGCCCGCCGGCCACAAGGGCCUCCUCACCGUACAUCCCGCCUACCUAAAACUCGAUCCUAUUAUGCUCGACUAUAUUUUCGAGUUCCCGAACAGUGAAGACAUGACCGUGCAAGUGAAGUUGUCGUACAAGGCGAUCGCCCUGGGCAUCAGAGUGGAGGAGCGGGCGGUAACGCUGCCAGACGGAGCGUACCGCCGCAGGUUUACUGUUGAACUCGACAACCCAAUUUGGCCAUUCGGUGUCGUCAAUUACAGGAACGUUCAACCCAACAAAAAACACGAAACGGUGCUGGAGGCGUACGACCUGAAGGUGCGAGACAGGAAGGUGUCUCUGUCGCUGGUCUCCAACCGCGUUGCUGAUGGCCGCACCUUCGUCGUUACAGUUAACCUUCCUGACGGGCGAACUGUAACGCUGCUCACGGGCUACGGCUUCUCCGCCUCAAAAGUCGAGCUGUUCUUCCACUUCAGUUGGCUUCAGGAUCAAAACCUUGACUUAGGAUUUGAGUGGGAGGAUCUCUCUAUGAAUGGCAAGAAGAAACAUCGAAUGCGGAUUCACGUGACCCAUCCGUUCCGCUCGGUGCUGCUCGAGGCGAACUACGAGAGAAGAGACUACACCGUCAACGCCGACCUGCUCUUCAACUGGAAUGCUCAGAACGCAGAGAGCGACGUGCUGCGCGGCGUGCUGCAGUGGCAGGACCUCAGCCUGCCUGGCGACCGCCACUACGCCGGCCUCCUCAGUCUCGUCCAUCCUUCUUUGCCGCAGGACAUCAAAACUAACGUAGUGCUGCGCCGCAACGAGCACAACCCCGCACUAGCGAAGGUGACGGUGAGCUACGCUGCUGACCGUACGCGGGACUUGCAGAUGAACUUCAACGUAACACGUAUCGGUCUACAGCGAGGCAGGAAGCAAUACAUUACGAGCCUUCUGGCUCAACAUCCUUAUUCUAACCUGCAUUUGGAGGGUACCAGCUCUCUGGUUCUGGGCGACGGGCUCUACGGCUACCGCCAGCAACUUUCCUACACGAAUUCUACAGGAGAAAAACUUAACCACGAGCUGGACGCAACCUUAGAUCGCAUUGAAAAAAUACUUAAAGUGAAGAUGCUCGGAGGAGAUCGUGAGAUUGACCUGCAGCUGGUGGCUGUGCAAGAAGGCGAAGGCAAAUGGCGUGUGAAAGCCAUUGGAAGUGAUGAGGUGGAGUUGCCAGUUAGUGGACUGAUCGAAAUCCACGCACUCCAUCCUCUCAUUGCAGUGACAUUCGAGAAUCAGCUUUCUAAUAACGUCAUGGGUUCCUCUAGGUCUGGCUUUCUGACGAAGAAGCUGACCGUGCGAGGAGGGGUGGAAGACAUGCGUAAUGCCGUGUUCUCGCUCGCCCACGUUACGACAAUCCCAGAAGAUCCUUUUACUUCUUCUUUAUCAUCAACCGACAAUCGCACUCGAGACGAGCAUGAAACUCUUGUAUCUGAUUUGGAUUUCUACUUCCGCCUCAACCACACCAGACUUAUUUCUUCAGCUCUCAACUGGCGGCCUGGCUUGCGGGAGGAAAUUAUGGUGGAGCUGGCCGAGUUGGCAGGCGUGAGUCGCGCGUACCGCGGCGAUGCCAGGGAGUGGCUGGCAGCCGUCGUGAGAGCCUCUGUAGUGGAGGCUGGUCUCAGGGCUAAGCCUAUUGCUGUAGACCUCGUCUCUACCAGCCAGCCCCUACUGACGCAUUUUAAAAACCAGACCAGAGAAUUUCUGGCAGACGCAACAAAGAUCUACACCAGCAUGAAACUUACUGACGCUGAAAUGAAGCGAAGACAGAGCCUCGAGUUUAUCUUCAAGUCUUUCUGGAGUUAUAUCGAGUCCACGAAUUUUUACAAGUGGAUCAAGCCUCGUCUGGCUGGAGGCGUCCUCAGGAGCAAAGUGUCCGCCAUACUGGAGCGUGUCCGGACUUUGGUUCUGCAACUCCGAUCCGGGUUGGGCGGCUCGCAAGGAGGCCUGGAGAGGCUGAAGACAGUGCUUGCUGAGACCUACGAUAAGCUGGCCAAACGAUGGUAUCUGAAACUGAGUAACGUACUGAGCGACUUCAGGCUGCGGUUGCGCUCUUGGUUGCGCUCACGAUGGCACGCGGUGUUCCACAACUACAAGCCUCACAUCAUAACAACUCUCAAUAACAUCGAGACUUCCUUCAACCACUUCGUCAGGACUGUCUCAGGCACUGCUCAAGCUAUUAAGGAAAUGAUAGCCACGUCUCCAUACGUCCGCUUCGUUGCGGACCAUCUCUCCGGCAUAAAAGAGUUCAUCGUGUCAGUUUACAAUCGACCGCUGAGGGAGAACCUCGACAACGCUUUCACCUGGACCGAGGAUGUCUUCCAUAGAACUAUCAACUUCCUGCGCACUGAGAUUGCACCGUUCCUGGAGGACUGGCUUCGUGCCAUUCAGGCGGCCGGGCGCCGGCUGGAACAGUACCCCCUUGUUGUGCGACUUAAAAAUAAAUUGUUCGCCUUCGUUGACGCUUUUACUUGGAAGUUGCGGCAAAUAGAAUUCCGGAAAGCGUUCAUCGAAUUGGUCGCGUUUUCAAUAGAGAACGGCUACACGAUCUUCACGCAGACAGCUUUGGAUGCAGAGCACAGGCAGCGGAAAGUGAAAACUCACCUCUACCUCGACGCAGAGGUCGGUCAUCUCGAGUACGUUCAGAAGCUGCCGAUGACUUGGUAUAAUUUCAACGCCGCCCCUCGUUGGGAGGACCUGAAAGAAUGGCGUCUAUUCAAGCUCCUCCAGUCAAUAAUGUCAGGCGGACAACCUGUUCCUGUGCUCGAUAUUUGGUACAAAUACUACAGCCUGUCCACCAACCCACGCACCUGGCUCCCGCCUUUUGAGGCGAGCAGUGAGGUUGUGGGUCAGCAACAUAUGAUCACUUGGAACGGUCGUCUGCUGAAGUUCAAAGGACUGUGCCGGUAUCUGCUGGCUGCAGACCUCAUGUCCAGUCGCUGGGCGGUCGUCCUCAACUACCACGCCAACGCACCUAAUGCAUACAUUAUUUAUGUCGACGGAAAACAAAUCGAACUGGAGCAGCAGUUCGUUGUAAAGUUAGAUGGCCGCCCAUCGCAGCUGCCGCUGGUGCUGCCCAGCACGGUCAUACUCCGCGACGGUGAGGUGCUCUUCCUGAGGCACACGUCUGGACUGCAGAUCCGCUGGAACCAACUACACGAUGUCUUCGUUGUUACUCUGCCUGGAAUAUUCUUCAAUAAAGUGGGCGGACUGCUCGGCACGAACAACUACGAGCCGCUGGAUGACCUGCUGUCGCCCACCGCUGAGCUCACUAGCGACGUAUCGCAACUCGCGUCCUCGUGGAGCGUCUCUCAGGGGGCAUGCGAGGCACGUAUCAACGCCGCCUCCAACGCUACCGCAGCAGAGAGCGACCGCUGCUCCAGCAUCUUCAGGAGCCAGGCUUCCCCCUUCAAAUAUUGCUUCUAUCAAGUUUCACCGAACGCGUACGAUGACAUCUGCCGCUCCUAUGCCCCCGGAGCCUCGGCUGCGGCGCGGCAAAAAGCGUCUUGCGUCGCGUCGUCCGCAUUCCGGCAGGCGUGUUCCGUCGCUGGCGUACCGACCAAAAUACCGCACGACUGCAGCAUCUGCCGCUUCGAGAAGCGGGACGGGACGACGGGCGAGGUGCCGGAGAGCCAGAUGACCGUCCUCUCUGUGGCCGACAUCCCCAGAAGCACGGACGUUGUCAUCCUCGUCGAGAUUGGUCCUUGUAACGACAACGCCGUCUUCAGGAGGAACUUCAAGAGGUUCCUGCGAUCCUUCGAGAGCGCACUUGUUGAGGACGGACAAGCUCCUUCGAGGUACGUGGUGGUGGCGUAUGGUGGUGUGGGUCUGUACGCUACGCCGCAGCUUGCGGGCACGAAGCGCGAACUCUUCAACUCGGUCGACGACGCGGCCGACGCUCUCUCGGCCAUUGCCCACGAAGGGACUGUAAACACACACAUGGACCCCGUGGACGCUUUUGAAGCCAUCCGCUACGCUGCAUAUCUGCCCUUCAGGGCGGGCGUCGUACCUACAUUCCUGAUGAUGCCUUGUACGGCCUGCCAUCCUAACGCCGGCUCAAUUGACUUCGCGACGAUGCUGCACAUCCUCACGGACAGGAACGUCGUCCUUCACGUCCUCGUUCAGGAUCCCUUGGGUCCCAAGGCGGCAUUGCAGGACAAAAUUCUAGGCAUGGACACGGAAGCCGUGUACACUGCUAAAGACGCUAGACCACAGAAGCCUCUCGUGGGCGACCGGAGCCUUCGUCGUGGCGUGGCAGACCCAAAGGAGCAGCUGGAAUACUGCAGUCCUCUGGCCCUCCAGACUAACGGUACAAUCUUCACAAGUCGAUGGCUCUUAACAUCACGACGCCGCAAAGUUGAACAGACAGCGACGGCGUUGGGGCGGCGCGUGGCGUUGACAGCGACGGCAUCGCACAGCCAGCGCUGCUUCUGUCUGCCCACGACCGACGACUCCGCCAAGAUGAAGUGUCAUCGCGUGAGGCCAGAGUGGGGCAACUUCUCGGCCGUAGCUCCCUACUUUGACGAGGAGGGCGAAGAAGACUACCUCGACAUCCCGCAGGAUUUGGGCUACUGAAGACCAGGUCUGCGAUGCGCAAUGACGAGCUCCGGAUUCACCUUUACCAUGCAACUUGGUUUGUAUAAUCAAGCAAACAUCUGGAACUGCUCACAUUUAUCCCAAGGCCACCCAACUUGUUCCAAAUAUUUUCGUAGACGACAUGCAACACGAAUUUAUGAACACAAUUAGUUAUGAAUCGAGUUAGUCACCAAUUACAUAAUUUGAAUUAAUUCAAUGCUAACUUCAUGUGAUGCUCAUACGUUGUGAUAGAAGUUUUGAAGUAGAUAUAAAAAUAUUCAUAGUUUCAUAAUGAAGUAAGCCGUCAAAACGCGCUAGUCACAAACGACUUUCGGUCACGAAGAAGUGUGGGACUAUAAGUCGCUACAAACAAGCAUUACAUGACAAUCAUGACCGGCUAUUGCAUCGAAGAAAAUCGUGUAGCAGCUUGGCACAUAGGAGAGCUCCACCAGAAAGCACUCCUCUAAAUCCCGUCAUUUAUUUUCGUGACAGGAAUUGUUAAGAAAUGCAAGUUGGAAUUUCGGCGAGGAGUAAAUGAAUAGUUGAAGCAUUUAUGUAUUUUGCCUAUGUCUUAUUAAUAGUUGAUUCUUGAAUUCCCCGUUGCACCAUUUUAUAUGAGAAUGGACAUAAUUAAACCAUACACCUUAGAAUGUAAAGGAUUUGCAAAAUAAAAACCUUUCUGAAUGA